GAUGCAUCAUUUGACAUUAACGGCAAUGAUUCGGAUCCAACACCACAAGAUAAUGGCGAUAACAAGCAUGGCACCAGAUGUGCUGGCGAAGUGGCCGGUGUGGCUUUCAAUAAUUACUGUGGUGUAGGUGUUGCAUACAAUGCCAGUAUUGGUGGUGUUCGUAUGUUGGAUGGCAAGGUGAAUGAUGUCGUCGAAGCUCAAGCGUUAAGUUUAAAUCCAUCACACAUUGAUAUCUACAGUGCAUCGUGGGGUCCUGAAGAUGAUGGUUCGACUGUAGAUGGUCCUGGGCCAUUGGCUCGUCGUGCAUUUAUUUAUGGUGUGACGAGUGGUCGUCAGGGUAAAGGUUCAAUUUUCGUAUGGGCUUCCGGUAAUGGUGGACGUUAUACCGAUUCCUGUAACUGUGAUGGUUAUACCAACUCGAUUUUCACCCUGUCCAUAUCCAGUGCUACUCAAGGAGGUUUCAAACCCUGGUAUUUGGAAGAAUGUUCAUCGACUCUGGCCACCACAUACAGUUCAGGAACUCCCGGCCACGAUAAGAGUGUUGCUACCGUUGAUAUGGAUGGCCGCCUGAGACCCGAUCACAUUUGUACCGUUGAACAUACUGGUACUUCGGCCUCCGCCCCCUUGGCUGCUGGUAUAUGCGCCUUAGCUCUGGAAGCUAACCCUAAUUUAACUUGGCGUGAUAUGCAAUAUUUGGUGGUAUACACCUCUCGCCCUGCACCCUUGGAGAAGGAAUCUGGUUGGAUGUUGAAUGGUGUUAAACGCAAGUAUUCACAUAAAUUCGGUUACGGUCUAAUGGAUGCUGGAGCUAUGGUCUCAUUGGCUGAACAAUGGACUACCGUACCGCCGCAACAUAUUUGCAAAUCUCGAGAAAAUAAUGAAGAUCGUAAAAUCGAAGGGACCUAUGGUUACACUUUGGCCACUCAUAUGGAUGUUAAUGGUUGUGCUGGAACCAUCAAUGAAGUACGUUAUUUGGAACAUGUACAGUGCCGUAUAACUCUGCGUUUCUUCCCUCGGGGUAAUUUACGUAUUUUACUUACCUCGCCUAUGGGUACGACCAGUACUUUGUUGUUUGAGAGACCCAGAGAUAUAAUCAAAUCGAAUUUCGAUGAUUGGCCAUUCUUGAGUGUCCAUUUCUGGGGUGAAAAGGCUGAGGGUAGAUGGACGUUGCAAAUUAUCAAUGGUGGUCGCCGUCGUGUCAAUCAACCUGGCAUCCUAUCGAAAUGGCAAUUGAUUUUCUAUGGCACAGCUGUACAACCAAUGCGUUUGAAGAGUGAUCUGGUAUCUCAACCCAUCCGUGAUCCGGUAUAUACAUUUCCAACGGAAUCGGAUCUCGGACAACCCAUAAAUACCGAUCAAUUUAGUAGUUUUUUAAAUUUCCAAAAUCUCUACACCGGAGCUGGUUCUAAUCCGGAACAGGCUGUUACCACUGUCGAUGGUCAUAAUAUACCCACACCCCAGCGACAAAAUGUUAUGGCCGAUUCGAAUAAUAAAUUGGUAUUACAUGAUUGUGAUCCUGAAUGUGAUUCGCAGGGUUGUUAUGGUCGGGGACCGACCCAGUGUGUCGCCUGUAAACAUUAUCGUUUAGAUAACACCUGUGUCAGUCGCUGUCCUCCACGUUCAUUCCCCAACCAAGGUGGCGUCUGCUGGCCUUGCCAUGAAUCUUGUGAAACCUGUGCCGGCGCUGGCCAAGAUAGCUGCUUAACAUGUGCCCCAGCCCAUUUGCAUGUAACCGACUUGGCUGUUUGCCUGCAGGUCUGCCCUGAAGGAUAUUAUGAAAAUUAUGACAACAAAACUUGUGUUCCCUGUGAAGCUAAUUGUGGUUCAUGUCAAGAUCGUCCCGAUUAUUGUACAUCAUGUGAACAUCAUUUAGUGAUGCAUGAACACAAAUGUUUCUCCUCGUGCCCGCUGCAUACCUAUGAAACGGAGGAAUACAACUGUGCUCCAUGCCAUUCAUCUUGUGCCACAUGCAAUGGGUCCGCCGAAUCACAAUGCAUCACUUGUCGUUCCGGCCGUUUUGCCCACGAUGGUAAAUGUUUGAAUAGUUGCCCCGAUGGUUACUAUGCCGAUAAAAAACGUCAAGAAUGUGUUGCCUGUCCAACGGGCUGCGCCACAUGUACCACCAAUGGUUUUUGUCUUACAUGCCAAGACAACUGGACGCGCAAUAAAAAAGGCAAAUGUAUUAUCACUGGCAGUGAAAAUUGCGAUGAAUCUGAAUAUUACGAUAACAACCAUUGUCAUCCAUGCCAUAGCACUUGCGAGACAUGUGAUGGGCCCACCGAAUCGAAUUGCUUAAGUUGCCCCCAGAGUCUACUGUUGCAGAAUAAUCACUGUGUGAGCACUUGCGAUGAUGGCUACUACAUGGAGGCCGGCGUUUGUGCCAAAUGUUUGCAUACCUGUACCCAAUGUGUGUCACGAAUGAAUUGCACGGCAUGUGCCAAAGGAUUACAGCUACAAAGUGGCGAAUGCCGUACCACCUGUGCUGAUGGCUAUUACAGUGACCGUGGCACUUGUGCCAAGUGUUAUCUCAGUUGUCAUACCUGCAGUGGUCCACGUCGUGAUCAAUGCGUACAAUGUCCCAGUGGCUGGCAGUUAGCGGGCGGUGAAUGUCAUCCUGAAUGUCCUGAAGGUUUCUACAAGUCAGAGUUUGGUUGUCAAAAGUGUCAUCAUUAUUGUAAAACUUGUAACGGGGCUGGACCAUUAGCCUGCACCUCAUGCCCGGCUCACUUUAUGUUGGACGGUGGCCUCUGUAUGGAAUGUUUGGGCUCACAAUACUAUGAUUCACCAACACAAACGUGUAAAACGUGUCAUGAAUCGUGUCGGUCAUGUACAGGUCCCGGUCAAUAUUCGUGUCAGACAUGUGCCUUCCCAUUACAUUUGGAUCGUUUGAACAAUCAGUGUGUACCGUGUUGUGCCAACGAUGCAUCGCCGGAAGAUCAGUCCUGCUGUCAUUGUGACAAAGAUACAGGUGGUUGCAUCAAUGCCUCACCCGCUGGCAAACGUCGCAUUGCCGCUGCUGCUGAACAACAACAAUUUGGUAGUUCUUAUGGCAACAGUGGUGGUCUCUACGGUAACCUGUUAGAUGAUUCGGAUGGAACAACAGGUGUUAGUGGUUUAUUCUCACGUGUCGGUUCACCUUUAACAACUAUCACAGCAAUUGCGGUUGCUGCCUGUCUUCUCAUUGUUACUGUAUUUGCUGUCAUUUUUGCCGUCUUACAG